CAAAACCACGAGCAAAAUCAGACAGCCGAGUCUGACACUGAAGAGAGCUUUCAGUUGCCACGAAAGAAAGUCAGAUGGGAGGGUAAUUCCGAAUCAGUGGCAGCGGUAGCAAAUAUGGAGAACGGUAUUUCGGAGGACGAUGCGAACACAUCAAAGGUGAAGUUUCUCAAAGAGUGUUGUGUCCCAGGGCGCGUUGCAGGCCCAUACUAUGAUUCUGUCAGGUGUAUAGUCUAUGUGCUCGAAGAUACGCAAAAGGAUGUUUACUUCGAUCUUACGAGCAUGCUUCUAGAACAAUGCAAUGCUGACAUAGUGUUGACCAGCUCCAAAGCCGACGACCCGUUUAUAUUGGUCCUUCAG